GCCAAAGGUGGGCACAAUGGUUAUCCACAUAAGAAGGGGUGUCUUAGGAAUAUUACAUAAUACAAGGGCAUUGAGGUAUACACUCAAUUUGACCACCACCUCCUUCAAACCCAACUUCCCUCCAAAUUCAAAUUCAAAUACGGUGAACGGUAACUUGGAUGAAGCAUUGCUUGAGAUGAGCAUUGGAGGAUUCACUGUAAAAUUCCAUUUCUACGACUCGGUUUUAACAGAGUGCGUGAAUAACAAAGCUCUUAAUCAUGGCAAAAGAGUCCAUACCCAUAUGAUAAAAACCUGUUAUAGACCCUCUGUUUAUCUUGGAACCAGGCUUCUCAUCUUUUACACCAAGUGUGAUUGUUUGGGAGACGCUCGGUUACUAUUUGAACGAAUGCCUGAGAGAAAUGUGGUUUCUUGGACUGCAAUGAUUUCCGCUUAUUCUCGGAGAGGCCAUAGCUCUGAAGCUUUAUCUCUCUUUGUAAAGAUGUUGGGUGCUGAUUUUCAACCAAAUGAAUUCACUUUUGCCACUGUUCUUACUUGUUGUAAUGGCAAUUUUGGUUUUGAUCAUGGAAAGCAAAUUCAUUCCUUGUUGGUUAAAACCCAUUUCAAAUCCCAUAUAUUUGUUAGCAGCUCGCUUCUGGAUAUGUAUGCAAAAGCUGGUAAAAUCCACGAUGCACGUCAAGUUUUUGAUGGAAUGAAAGAUAGGGACAUUGUUUCUUGCACAGCAAUUAUUGCAGGGUAUGCUCAGUUGGGGCUCGAUGAAGAAGCUUUGAAGCUGUUUCGGCAGUUACAAAAAGAAGGGAUGAGACCGAAUUAUGUAACUUUUACCACUGUUUUAAUGGCACUCUCUGGGCUUGCUGCCUUGGAGUAUGGCGAGCAGGUUCAUGGACAGGUAAUUAGAACUGAGCUAGGUUUUUAUCUGGUGAUGCAUAAUUCUCUUAUUGAUAUGUACUCAAAAUGUGGAAGCCUCGAAUAUGCACGUCGGGUUUUCGAUAGAAUGCCUGAAAAAUCUGUAAUUAGCUGGAAUGCCAUGCUUGUGGGGUAUGGCAAGCAUGGGUUGGGAAAGGAAGUAGUUAAGCUUUUUGAAAAGAUGAGACAGGGGGAAAUUAUGCCUGAUAGUGUCACCUAUUUGGCUGUUUUAUCUGGUUGUAGCCAUGGAGGAAUGGUUUCAGAAGGUUUGGAUUACUUUGACUCAAUGGUUAAGAGUAGAGAGAUUGAACCAGACAUCGAGCACUACGGAUGUGUAGUUGAUCUUUUGGGUCGUGGAGGAAGCCCAGAAAAAGCUUUUGAUUUCAUUCAGCAAAUGCCUUUCAAACCCACUUCAGCUUUGUGGGGUUCACUUCUUGGGGCUUGUCGGGUCCAUUCCAAUGUGGAAAUAGGGGAAAUUGCAGCUCGAAAACUAUUUGAGAUUGAGCCUCAAAAUGCCGGAAAUUAUGUUAUUCUCUCAAACAUUUAUGCAGCUUCAGGUAGAUGGGAAGACAUGAUAACAGUGAGGAAAUCCAUGAAGGAAAAUACUGUUAAAAAGGAGCCCGGAAAAAGCUUUAUAAAGAUUAACAGGACUCUUCAUACAUUUUAUGCAUGGGAUAAGUGCCAUCCAAAUAAAGAUGAAAUAUAUGAGAUGUUGGGAAAGCUAUAUGUGAAGAUUAAAGAAGUUGGGUAUGUGCCUGAUUUAAGCUGUGUGCUUCAUGAUGUUGAUGAUGAACAAAAGGAGCGUUUGCUUAUGGGCCAUAGUGAGAAAUUGGCCAUUACCUUUGGCUUGAUCAGAACUCCUCACGGAAUGCCUAUUCAGAUAGUAAAGAAUCUUCGUAUUUGUGCUGAUUGCCACAAUACCAUGAAGUAUAUAACUAAGGUUUAUGGUCGAGAAAUUUCUCUCAGAGAUAGUAAUCGGUUCCAUCGGGUUGUGGAUGGAGUUUGCUCUUGUGGGGAUUAUUGGUAAGCCCAUUAUAUAUUGUGGAUGGCAUCUGCUUUACUGGAGUCUUACUUGAAUGGGAAAGUUUUCCAUUAUACAAUGGACUUUGGAUAACCAUAGUUCAUUAGAGGCAUAAACUUCCAUAUGAAGUGAAGGAUGAUAAUGGAGAAAGAGUGUGCUCCACUAUUGGUCAUGUCUGCUCUAGUGCACUCUCCUUUAUCUCCAUCACCAUCCAUCAUUUUAUUGGACAGUGAUCAUUACCGAGGACUAUUUUCCAUGGUUUUCCAUAGUGCUCUAAAUUAUAGUAUCUUUCCCAUAAGAGUUUCUCAAAAGAACUGUGCAUGCUUCAUGGAUCAGUGACUGGAUAGUUAUAUUUAUAUCGACCCAGCUUGGGGGCAUCAAAAUGGAGUCUUGCGGGAACAACAGAAAUUUCAUAUGAGAGUCCAUAAUUUCUUGUGAUUUGAAGGAGAUGGGUAUCUGUUGUUACCAUACAAUACACAGGAAAUUUUAUCAUUUUAUGUCAAGUGCAACAUAAAGACACCAAACAUAGACAUCUAUAAAAAACUGCAAAACAGAUCAUUCCACUGCUUCUACGUACCCUCGCUUAAAAUAUGGGACUAAGCAGGUGCCAAAAUGGAAUGACAUGAAGGAUGUCGUCUGUUUGUUUUGAUUCUAUUAUUUGAGGCAAUGGAAGAACAGAACAGUUGAGAUAUUUCGCUGAGAACUUCAGAGAUCAAGAGAUGGUAAUGAAGAGGAAUUGGGAAGAUAUUUGGAUGCAAGGAAACUAUUUUACACGAAUUUCAGGAAAUGUGAGGAUUAUGCAUAGGCAUAAAACAUUGCUAUGUCAUGGAUGAUUUGUCUAUGGCAGGGACACAUUAUGGAUAUCUUCUCAUAGGGGCAUUUGAAUUGUCUAUUUUUUGUUUACAUUUUAACUCUGUUUUGUGAAUAUUUAUUCUCUCAAAAGAAAAGCUUUCCUGUAGGUUCAAAAUUCAGCCAUGAACUGCUCACAAGGGAAGCCUUUUUUAGUUUUAAAGGAAGUUUUAGUGUGAUAUCUGUAUUUUAGAUGA